AUAAUUAAUAUAUCCUAUCAAAUUCUAAGCUGAUUAGUACUUGAUAAGAAGUGCAAUCGGGUAUAUAUACUCAACAUUUUGCAUUUCACUUCAUGUCGAUAGCCACCAGAACCAUGCGUGCUUUGGUCUUCUUCGCCCUUCUGGGCUUGGCCGCAGCGGCCCAUAAGAACCCACAACGUAUCGUGGGGGGCACUCCCACCACCGUGGACAACUACCCCUACAUCAGCAACAUGCAGUACUUGCUGUGGGGCACGUUCUGGGAACAGUGGUGCGGAGGAUCCCUCAUCAACUCCCGGUCCGUCCUCUCAGCGGCCCAUUGCUACGAGGGUGAUCGUGCCAACGAGUGGCGUGUUCGCCUCGGCACCUCGCGGGCAUCGAGCGGCGGCGUCGAGCACCUAGUGUCCCAGUUGAUUCUGCAUUCCGGCUACAGCAGCGCCACCCUCAACCACGACAUCGCCAUCAUCCGCCUCUCCACCCCCGCCUCCUUCAGCAACAACAUCGCUGUUGUGAGCGUCGGCGGCGCCAACUACAACCUCCCCGAUGGCACCGUAGUCACCACCCUCGGAUGGGGCACCCUCUCCAGCAACGGUCAAGCUCCUGAGCAGCUCCAGCAUGUGGACAUCAACAUCAUCAACCAAGAAUACUGCGCCUCCCAGUACGCCUGGCUGAAGACCCAACCCGGCUUCUCGCGCUGGCCCGACAUAACCGACAACAUGCUGUGCGCCGGCAUCCUGCACGUCGGAGGCAAGGACGCCUGCCAGGGCGACUCCGGCGGCCCGCUCGUGCACACUGCUCAGCCCACCGACGUGCACACUGCUCAGCCCACCGACGUGCUUGUCGGCAUCGUGUCCUGGGGCUACCAGUGCGCCCACGCCGAAUUCCCCGGUGUCAACGCCCGCGUCAGCAGAUACACCGACUGGAUCGUCGCCAACGCCUAAGAAGCUAAGAACCUAACACGAAAUAUAAACUUUUUAUAAGAAUG